CAAUGCGCGAGGGCCGGGGGAGGAGUCUGAAAUGAGGUCGCGUGCCCGGGCGCACCGAUUCGCCAAGUGGGGGCGGAGCCGGAGGAGGAACGGAAGCCGGGGAGGAUCCCACCGGCCACUGUGUCAACCCACUCCCACCCCGUCUACCGUUGAGGAAUACCGGACGUCCUAAACUCGUUUCACCCGCUGCUCCGCUUCACCUUCAACUCCGACAACCGGAGAGGGACUUUUACUGCGUCGGCCAAGACUGCAUCAACUCCAUUUACGUCCCAGUGCCAUGCUCUUCAUGGCGUUGCCUUGUGCAAGGUAACAUAAGCGGCAUUCAUUUUUUCCCCCCUUUGGCUCGUCUCAUGUCUGAGGACAGCGAUCCCAAUCACUAUCUGUACUCAACCCUGGACGGUCCUGAGCGGAACCGGGGAAGGGUCGACUUGAACGCGGAGGAAAGGGAGGGCUCACCCUGCGGCGCCAUUAGCCAACUUCGCCACAUGGCCAGCGGUUACAGCGAGGGUUGUGGCGGGCCGGAUGGGGUCGAACUGGAGCCAGAGUUGGGCCUGGCCUCCGAGGGGAGCGAAAGCAGUCACGAGCGCCCGACCUCGCCGCACGACGACCGGAAGCGGCAGCGCUCGGCCUUGCACGAAGACAUGGAGAUGGGCGGCAGCGGUUCAAGCGGCAGCGGGACAGAGUCCCACGGGAAUGAGUCGCACGGCAACGAGUCCCACGGCAACGAAUCUGUCGGCAGCUCGAGUGGCAACGGCAAGGAUUCGGCUCUUAUGGAGUCUCUGGGGAGCACCAAGAGCUCAAACUCGCACAGCCCGUCGCCCCCGAGCAGCUCCAACGCCUUCAGUCUGGUGAGCUCGGAGCAGGACAACCCGUCGACGAGCGGCUGCAGCAGCGAGCAGUCGGCCAAAGCGAAGACUCAGAAGGAGCUGUUCAAGACCCUCAAGGAGCUGAAGACGCACCUGCCGUCGGAGAAAAGGAGCAAGGGCAAGUCCAGCACCAUCAACACGCUCAAGUAUGCGCUGCGAUGUGUCAAACAGGUGAAAGCCAAUGAGGAAUACUACCAGAUGCUGAUGGUUAAUGACAGUCAGCCUCCGGGGUUCGAUGUGUCGUCCUACACCCUCGAGGAAAUCAACCGCAUCACGUCUGAGUACACCCUGAAAAACACAGAUAUAUUUGCCGUAGCCGUCUCGCUCAUCACGGGAAAGAUCGUUUACAUCUCGGACCAGGCUGCGACCAUCUUGAACUGCAAGCGGGAGGUGUUCAACAACGCCAAUUUCGUGGAGUUUCUCACUCCUAAGGACGUCAGCGUGUUCUACAGCUUCACCACGCCCUACCGGCUGCCCUCGUGGAGCAUGUGCACCGGAGCAGAGUCGUCUCCCACGGAGUGCAUGCAGGAGAAGUCCUUCUUCUGCCGCAUCAGUGGUGGGAAGGAGCGUGAAGGGGACCUCCAGUACUAUCCUUUCCGUAUGACUCCUUACCUCAUGAAAGUCCAGGACGCUGAGCUGGCUGAGGAACAGUUCUGCUGCCUCCUGCUGGCUGAACGGGUUCACUCCGGAUACGAAGCUCCCAGAAUCCCCCCUGACAAGCGCAUCUUCACCACCACGCACACACCAAACUGUGUGUUCCAGGAUGUGGACGAGAGGGCUGUUCCUCUGUUGGGUUACCUCCCUCAGGACCUGAUAGGGACCCCUCUGCUCCUCAAGCUGCACCCAAGUGACCGACCUUUAAUGCUGGCCUUGCAUCGCAAGAUUCUGCAGUACGCCGGUCAGCCGUUCGACCACUCCUCGAUCCGCUUCUGUGCACGGAACGGCGAGUACGUCACCAUAGACACCAGCUGGUCCAGCUUCGUCAACCCCUGGAGCCGCAAGGUCUCCUUCGUCAUUGGCAGGCACAAAGUCCGCAUGGGUCCUGUGAACGAAGACGUUUUUGCAGUACCGGCUUUCCACGGAGGGAAGAUCAUGGACUCAGACAUCCAGGAAAUCAGUGAACAGAUCCACAGGCUGCUGCUCCAACCGAUCCACAACAUGGGCUCCAGCGGUUACGGUAGCCACGGCAGCAACGGCUCCCAUGAGCAACCCGUAAGCGUCGGCUCAUCCAGCGAGAGCAACGGGAACAUGAUGGUCACCGCCGCGGAGGAGCCAGACAAGGCCAAGCCGCUCAGGACAUUCCAGGAGAUUUGCAAGGGCGUCCACAUGCAGAAGAGCCAGGACUCCCAGGUCUCCCUGCAGUUGCCCUCGCUGCUGCCCCCCAGACCGGAGCUGAAGAAGUCCACUGACGCAGCUCAGAGGAGUCCAACGGUGCGUCUGAAGGACUCUGCGCCGCCUCUGCAAGUCAGAGACGGUACCGCAGCCGUCGCGGAUGACAUCACCUGCAAGGACCAGGCCUCGUGCUCCUACCAGCAGAUCAGCUGCCUCGACAGCGUCAUCAGGUACCUGGAGAGUUGUAACAUCCCCGUCACGGUGAAGAGGAAGUACCAGUUCUCCUCCAACACCACCUCCUCCAACUCUGACGACAGCAAGAAGGGCUCAGAGGAUGGCAUGCAUGUGUGUCAGGAUACUACCACAGAUCCUUUGAUGCUCAGCACCCAGCCAGGCCUGUCGAACAUGAAAGCACCUAAAAAGCCUCUGGCCCCCCUGACUCUGCCCAGCAAGGCUGAGAGUGUGGUGUCCAUCACUUCCCAGUGCAGCUACAGCAGCACCAUUGUCCACGUGGGAGACAAGAAGCCUCAGCCCGAGUCCGAGAUAAUCGGGGACGUGGCGGAGAGCCCAGCUCCUCCGGCCCUGCCCGUCAGCACGGUGUCUCCGCCCAGCCAGGAGAAGGAGGCCUACAAAAGGCUGGGACUAACCAAACAGGUGCUGGCGGCGCACACCCAGAAAGAGGAGCAGGUCUUCCUCAACCGCUGCCGAGAACUGCGCCACGCCAGGAGCGUCCAGAAGGACUGUUCCAAAUACUUGCACAGGCAGAAGGAUCCAGCCAACGCUAAAGAAUCCUCUGGACCUCGAGGUGCCACCAAACAGGGCCCCGCCCGACUGGAGACUGCCGCCAAGAAGGGCAACCGCAGCAAGAAGUCCAAGAAAUCUCGCAUGAAGCACCCCGACUCGUCCGACAGCGCUGUGUCCAACCGCAAACCCCGCCCCCCGCUCCAGGGUCUCAACCAGACCUCGUGGUCGCCGUCGGAAGCCUCGCAGUCUGCGUUUAGCGCCUCCUACCCUGCCAUGGUGCCUGCAUACCCGCUCUACCCCCCAGCCCCUGCUGCCCCCGCUCAGGCCCCUAACCCCUCCCUUUCUACAGGCUUCGGAGAAGGGCAGAGCGCCCAAGCCCCACCUACCGCCACUCCAUUCCCCACCCCAAUCGUUACGCCGGUGGUGGCUCUGGUGCUGCCAAAUUACAUUUUCCCCCAAAUGGGACAGCUUGGGCCGAUGGGGCAGCUGGGGGCUGCUCCUGUUCCAGCGUUUUUUCUCGAGCAGACACAGGCACAACCUGCGUUUGCUACCCAGCAGCCCUUUCAGCCCCCGCAGCCGGCCUUCACCAUGCAAACACAACCCCCCUUCACCAACCAACAGCCGUUCCCUGUGCAGACUCCCUUCGCCCCCCAGCAGCCGUUCCAAGCCGCCCAGACUGCCUACACCACCCAGCAUCCUUUCCAGGCCCCUCAGACUGUCUACCCUGCCCCACAGCCCUUUGUCGCCCCUCAGCCCCUCGCCGCCCCACAGCCCUUCGCCGCCCAGCCGUCUUUCCCCAUACAGACACAGUUUGUCGCUCAAUCCCCUUUCCCUACGCAGCCCUUCCCCUUCAGCCUGGCCCCGGAGCCCCCUAAAGCCCUGGUCAUGGAGUCUCGAGAAGGGGCGGCGUCGCGCUCCUCCACCCCGGUCUACGGGACGCGGGAGCCAGCAGCGUCGCCGCCGCUGUUCGAGUCGAGAUGCAGCUCGCCGCUGCAGCUCAAUCUGCUGAGCAUGGAGGAGGGUCAGCGGUCGAUGGAACGUCAGGACAUCACGGCGCCCUCUGCUGGAGGUCAGGGCAGCACCUCAGCAGCGGCGUCGGGAGUCGAGGAGCGGAACGGUGGCUCAGUCAAGACUGAAAACCACCAACAGGUGGAGUGUCUCGGAGACGGCGCUCACAGUGACGGUAACUCCUCAUCCUGCGACCUGCUGGACAUCCUUCUGCAGGAGGACUCCCACUCCGGCACUGGAUCAGCCACCUCUGGGUCCAUGGGCUCGAGAUCAGGCUCUGGAUCGGGCUCAGGAUCGGGCUCAGGAUCGGGCUCUAGAUCAGGAUCGGGCUCGGGCUGUAACGGCUGUGGUACCUCCGGGAGCGGAGGCUCCGGCAGCAGAACAGGAAGCAGCAACACCAGCAAAUACUUUGGCAGCAUCGACUCCCUGGAACACGACCCAAAGGGGAAGGUCAAACCCAAGACGAGGAGCAAAGGAGGCUCUAACGGUGGCCAGCCGCAGGCCAAGGUCUCGAGUCCAGGGGAGGAGGAGCACUUCAACAAAUACGUUCUCCAGGAGCCACUGUGGCUGCUGAUGGCCAAUGCUGAUGACAAGGUCAUGAUGACAUAUCAGUUACCCACCAGGGACAUUCAGAAGGUUCUGCGGGAAGACAAGGAGCGACUGAGGCAGAUGCGGAAGAGUCAGCCUCACUUCUCCUCAGACCAGCGACGGGAGCUCCUGGACGAACACCCCUGGAUGAGGAGGGGAGGUCUGCCCACUGCCGUCAAUGUGAAGGAAUGUAUGUACUGCGAGGACGCAGCAGGGCCCAUCCAGGAAGACCUGUCGCACAUGGACAUGGGCGAGCAGCUGGGCGAGGGGCUGAGGCCCGACGGACAUAACAGCCAAUCAAAGGAGUCGCAGCCCCGACCCGACACUGGCUCAUGAACGAACACACACAUCGCCAGCAGGGGGACACACUGAGACUUUGCUAGCCAUGGACCCUCAUGAUGAACACAAACAAUGUGGAUAUAGGAUGUGACCAUCCUUAUCCAGAGGAUGUGCGCUUUUCAUCUGUGUUGCACACAGGAAUGCUGUCCAAGUGCAGACCCCCCCCACACAGGGGCAGUAGUUCUUUAUACGCUCUUGUACUUUGACCAGCUCUCACACACACACACACACACACACAAGAAAUGUUCCAGCCAGUGUGGUUGAUGAUCUUUGGCCUCUGACAUUUUUUUUUGCUUUUUAUUUAAAAGUUUCAAAAGCAAAGCAAAAGGAACCUGUUAUUAUUAUUUGAAACAAAUGUCUGAGUUAAUAGUUUAUGGACUUAUAUUAAAUAUAAAUAUCCUAAAUUAUAAAAAACAUUUGAUUUAGAAAUUAUGCUGACAAAAGAAUUGUCAUCAAACAAUUUUAAAAGGUUGUUAAGGAGCGACCAAGCGUUGCUGUUUAAAUCCUGCAGGACAUUUGUUGUUUGUGGUUUUUCCAAUCCCAGAAUGCUCUCUGUUUUCCCAUCAGGAACUUGACAAUCUGAAUCUUAUUUUUUUGUUACCAGAUCAUGUAUCCAGAGUGUUUGUUUUUUUAAGCUAAAGCCAAAUCUACUCAGCUAAAAGUUGGUACUCACGUUAACAGUUUACAAGUGUUGACACACUACAGGAAGUUUAACGUCACUUUAGUCUGUAGCUCAUAAAAAAACAAACUGUAGCCAGCUUAUUCCUCUCGACAAAACAACCUCCAGGUGUUAUUGGCCAGUGCAAAGAUGGGAACCAUCAGAGAUUAAAGAAGAUGCUGAAAUAUUUUCAGCUAUCUGCUUCGGGAAUAUAUCGACGCACAAACAAGCUCGACUGGUUGAAAGUCGUAGAAACUCAAGGCUGCGAAUCAAGUUAAAAAAAAGUUCCUCAGAUUUCCUUUUUCUCGCCUCCAAUUUGUAUCAGUCACUGAUAUAUUUUCUUUCCUUUUUAUAGAUAGAAAUAUAUAUACCGUUUGUAAAAUAAAUGUAAAGUAAUAUUCUUGUGCUGGCGGUUUGGUGCAGCUCUACUACAAAAUGUCAUUUGGAACAAAUCAGUACUAUUGUAGGGAUUUAUAUAUUAUGCAAAGUUACAUUGCCUCCACUUGGACCAUUUUAGAGACUUUUGUUUUUGGAUUAGGACUGCUCUUCCAUACUGAGGAACUUCCUUUAUUUUCUACAAUACUUAGCAGACUCCAGAUUAUGAGUCUCUGCAGGAAUAGCAGUCGGUCAGAUCGAGGUCAACACCGACAUCUGCGGCGUGGCGGUAAAAAUAAAAAAACGCACGCUUUUACAGUCGUAGCAACGAACGGGGACCAUGUUUGCGUCAGUAACCCCACCAAGGAAACCGGGGGUUACCGCAGGAAAAAUGGCGAGACGCGUACACACGCCCCCUCGCCAUCGAACACGUAGUACUGAAAAAAACUGUGACCCACCUCAUGCGGUUGAUGUGAACAGCCUGAGAACUGGGAACAUCUCUGGUGCUAAGGUAGAGAAACCGCUGGGGGGGCCGGGCCUUUGAAUGUAACACAGACUGGACCAAGAACAUCUCAUCGGGUUCGUUUGUUUUCAUGACCUUUUUUUCCUUGUAAUUUUAUUUCCUGUUUUUAAUUUUUUUAUUCUAUUUUUCCAUUUAAGGGUGGACCCUUACCUCUAAAAGAAACCACCAGGUCAUGUUACUGUAAGCUGAACAGAGCACGUGGGUGAAGCUCGGUCAGAUACUGACCGAGCUUCCCCCCCCCCAUAUCUGUGGAUGAAUGCAUAGAGGAGACGGACGCCCGUGACCACCUUUUACAAACCGGCUCCGUCUUCUCCACCUUUUUGUCUUUUAAUGUGCGACACAUGUCAAAGCAAAGCUCACCUGUGUACAAGACAAUGAAAGAAUGUAAUUUAUUCAAAGCAAAGAGACUGAGCUGUGUUGAUGCUGCACUCAAGUUUUUUAACGCCUUAGUGUUCGAGGAGGGGAAAAGCAUUUUAAAUGAAUGACACGCUGACGGAAGCAGCCUGAUCUGUAAAUGAACACACACUCGCACGCCUUGGCAAAUGACGACGUGUGUGGUCGUGUAAAUAAGUUUCAUUGCCACUGUCUGAGUCUGUAUGUUAAACUUUUCUUUUAUUUCAUUUUUGUUGAAAUAAAAGCACAGAAAUGUA